AUGACCGGUUACCUGCCAAUUAGUUGGGCUAGGAAGCAUAACCCGGACAUCAAUUGGGAACUUAACACCAUGAGCUGGAGGAGUGACUACUGCAAGCAGAAUUGUCUCCCAGCGGCCACCAAGAUUGAACUGAUCUCUCCAUAUCAGAUGCUGGAAGAAGAAGAGACACAUGAUGAGGAAGGAGGUGAUAUUGCUGAGAAAAUACACCACAUAUACCGGGAAUGGGCUGAUGUGUUCAGUCAAGAGAAGAUUGGGGAAAUGCCGCCGCAUUCUCAUAAUGAUCUGAAGAUCAAACUCCUGCCUGGUACCCCUCCACCAUUUGGUCAACUAUACCCAUGUUCCGCUCCAGAGUUAAAGGCCCUCCGGGAGUACGUGGACAAAGAAUUGUCUUCAGAAAAGAUUUCUAGAUCUAAUAGCCCCGCUGCGGCCCCCAUACUGUUCAUUCCUACGAAGGAUGGGACAUUACAGAUUUGUUUGGACUAUAGAGGAUUGAGCAAGGUCACUGUCAAAAACAAGUACCCGCUGCCUGUCAUGAGUGAGCUCAGAGACAGGUUGUUUAAGGCCAAGAUCUUCACAGAGAUAGACCUGAAGAACGGCUUCAAUUUGAUCAGGAUAGCUGAAGGUGAUGAGUGGAAAACCGCUUUCAGAACUCGCUAUGGACUGUAUCAGUAUAAUGUGAUGCCUUUUGGUCUAUGCAAUGCUCCCUCUGCCUUCCAGUCAAUGAUCAAUGAUGUGCUAAAGGAACUACUGAAUGAAGGAGUGUUUGUCUAUAUUGACGAUAUCCUCAUCUACUCGGAAAAUGAGAAGGAACAUGAGCUACCGGUCAAGAAGGUACUACAGAAGCUUAGGGAAGGUAAGCUCUGUGCCUCGAUCAGUAAAACAUCCUUCCAUCUCCGAGAAGUAGAGUAUCUAGGCUAUCACAUUUCAGAAAAGGGAUUAUCUCUGUCAGAAGACAAAGUGGGGGCAGUUAAGGAAUUACCGGUCCCUGAAAACAUCAAGGCAGUACAGGCAUUCCUCGGAUUUGCAAACUUCUAUCGCCGCUUCAUUGAAGGCUUCAACAAUAAAUGGUAUUGGACGGCUGUACAUGAGUUGGCCUUUGAAGAACUCAAGAGGCUGUUCACAAGCGCUCCAAUCCGUCUUCAUUUUUACCCUAGUAGGAGAACUGUGGUCGAGACAGAUGCCAGUGAUUUUGUCAAGGGAGCAGUGCUCUCUCAGUAUGCGGACGAUGGAAAGCUACAUCUGGUGGCAUUCUAUUCUAAGAAGUUAACCUCUGCUGAGAUCAACUAUGACAUUCAUGAUAAGGAAAUGGGAGCUAUUGUAGCCUUUUUCCAGAAAUGGGAACACAUGCUCAAAUGUUGUGAGCAGGAGAUCGCGGUUUUUAUAGACGACAAGAAGUUGGAGUAUUUUAAUUCUACCAAGGUUCUCAAUAGGCGGCAAGUCUCAAGGGAGCGACAAGCUAGAUGGUCUGAAGACCUCGCAGGCUACAAUUUUAAAGUUGUCUACAGACCGAGAGAAAAGAAUGGUAAGACUGAUGUGCUAUCUAGGCGCUGGGAUCACCGCCUUGGAGAGGGAGGUGAAACUCCGCAGCUGGAGCCACAGAUCUUUUUUAGGCAAGGUCAAUUGGUUUUGGAUCCUGCAAAGCUAGCGGCUGUCAGGAUGAAUCAAUUGCAGAAUACAUUAUUAGAGCACCUAUAUGUAGCUGCUAAAGAUGAUAGUAUCUGGUAG